AUGGAACUAUUUAUUAAGCAUGGAGCGGUAAUUAAUGCAAAAGACAAUAAUGGUCAAGCAGCUCUUCAUAUUGCUGCACAGUCAAAUAACCUAGAAAUUGCAAGAUUUCUUAUCCUACAUGGUGCCGAUAUUCAUGCAAAAGAUAAAAAUGAAUCCACAGCUUACCAUCUUGCAUCGAGGAAAAAUUAUAAACAACUGAUUGAAUUACUGAUUCUUAAUGGAGGAAACACCACAGAAAAAGAUAAUUGCAUUGAACCGCCAAAACCAUCAUUAUUUGAUCACUUUUAUGAAUAUCAUAUGAUAUAA